AUGGGGGGCAGCGAGGCGCCGGACCCUUCCGACACAGCUUUCGGGAUCCUGGUCAAACCUUCAGCCCUUUGCAAACGUUCCCAAGCGAUGGACUUCGAUGACGAGGACGGCGAAGGCCCCAGCAAAUUUUCCAGAGAGAACCACAGUGAGAUCGAACGGCGCCGGCGGAACAAGAUGACCCAGUACAUCACCGAGCUCUCGGACAUGGUGCCCACCUGCAGCGCCCUGGCCCGCAAGCCGGACAAGCUGACCAUCCUGCGCAUGGCUGUGUCCCACAUGAAGUCCAUGCGGGGCACGGGGAACAAGUCCACGGACGGCGCCUACAAGCCCUCCUUCCUCACCGAGCAGGAGCUGAAGCAUCUCAUUCUGGAGGCAGCGGACGGGUUUCUGUUCGUGGUGGCGGCCGAGACAGGGCGUGUGAUCUACGUGUCCGACUCCGUCACCCCGGUUCUGAACCAGCCCCAGUCGGAGUGGUUUGGGAGCACCCUCUACGAACAGGUGCACCCCGACGACGUGGAGAAGCUGAGAGAGCAACUGUGCACCUCGGAAAACUCCAUGACAGGCCGGAUCCUGGACCUGAAGACAGGAACGGUCAAGAAGGAGGGGCAGCAGUCGUCCAUGCGCAUGUGCAUGGGCUCGCGGCGGUCCUUCAUCUGCCGGAUGAGGUGUGGCAACGCUCCGUUGGACCACCUCCCUCUAAACAGAAUAACCACCAUGAGGAAAAGGUUCAGGAACGGCCUCGGCCCUGUGAAGGAAGGCGAAGCCCAGUACGCUGUGGUCCACUGCACGGGAUACAUCAAGGCCUGGCCGCCAGCAGGGAUGACCAUCCCCGAGGAGGAUGCCGACGUGGGGCAGGGCAGUAAGUACUGCCUGGUGGCGAUCGGACGGCUGCAGGUGACCAGCUCCCCCGUGUGUAUGGACAUGAGCGGGAUGUCCGUGCCCACGGAGUUCCUUUCUCGCCACAACUCGGAUGGGAUCAUCACUUUCGUGGACCCGAGGUGCAUCAGCGUGAUUGGCUACCAACCCCAGGAUCUUUUGGGGAAGGACAUUCUGGAGUUCUGCCACUCUGAGGACCAGAACCACCUGCGCGAGAGCUUCCAGCAGGUGGUGAAGCUGAAGGGCCAGGUGCUGUCCGUCAUGUACCGGUUCCGCACGAAGAACCGCGAGUGGCUGCUCAUCCGCACCAGCAGCUUCACCUUCCAGAACCCCUACUCGGACGAGAUCGAGUACCUCAUCUGCACCAACACCAACGUCAAGCAGUUCCAGCAGCAGCAAGCAGAGCUGGAGGUGCACCAGCGCGACGGGCUGUCCUCCUACGACCUGUCACAGGUCCCCGUCCCCACCCUGCCGGCCGGUGUGCACGAGGCCGGGAAGUCCGUGGAAAAGGCGGAUGCAAUCUUUUCCCAGGAGAGGGACCCGCGGUUCGCUGAGAUGUUCGCAGGGAUCGGAGCAUCCGAGAAGAAGAUGAUGAGCUCAGCCUCUGCAGCAGGGACCCAGCAGAUCUACCCCCAGGGAAGCCCGUUCCCCGCCGGACACUCGGGCAAGGCCUUCAGCUCUUCAGUGGUCCACGUGCCUGGGGUAAACGACAUCCAGUCGUCCUCGUCCACGGGCCAGAACAUGUCCCAAAUCUCGCGGCAGCUAAACCAGGGUCAGGUGGCAUGGACCGGGAGCCGGCCACCCUUCCCCGGACAGUCCAGCAAAACGCAGACGUCCCCUUUCGGGAUUGGAACGAGCCACACCUACCCGGCCGACCCCUCCUCCUACAGCCCGCUCUCCAGCCCGGCCACCUCCUCGCCCAGCGGCAACGCCUACUCCAGCCUGGCCAACAGGACUCCGGGGUUCGCCGAGAGCGGACAGAGCAGCGGGCAGUUCCAAGGGCGCCCCGCGGAAGUCUGGACCCAGUGGCAGGGUCAGCACCACAGUCAGCAGAGCGGGGAGCAGCACGCGCACCAGCAGCCGGCUCAGACGGAGGUGUUCCAGGACAUGCUGCCCAUGCCGGGGGACCCGACUCAGGGGACGGGCAACUACAACAUCGAGGAUUUCGCCGACCUGGGCAUGUUCCCGCCGUUUUCUGAGUAGCCACAGGCAGAGCGAUGCUUCCUGUGCACGGUGCCACCCGGGCUGUGGCAGGGACACCCACCUGAGAGGGGCCGACCCUCACCCCCA